AAAAAGGCGUGGGACGCCCGGUUGGCAGUCGUAUUCGCACAGCAUUAGCGGCAACAGGCAGAAGCAGCAGCAGCAGACAUGAAGGUCACACUAGCUAUAGCAGCGGCGGUCUUGUUCGUCGCCAUGGCAACCACAGUGGACGCCGCAUCGGAGUGUACUCCAGGUGACACGAAGAAGGAAGACUGCAACACUUGUAGGUGCACUCCAACAGGCGUCUGGGUCUGCACGCGCAAAGGGUGUGUUACGAAGAGAGAGGUGAACUGCACUCCUGGAACGACCUUCAAGGAUAAGUGUAACACCUGCCGCUGCGGUUCCAACGGUAGGAGUGCCAGCUGCACCUUGAUGGCCUGUCCUCCUGGCUCGUAUUAACCAGCGUUCCUUCUUGAAGAUGACAGACUAUCCGGAAGUCCUCUGCAGUUAAAACUCUCAUUUCAGCAGUGCGGACCUCCUUCUUUUAUCUCUGCAGCAGAUUAUUUCCAUCUGAUUCCAAUUUAUGAUUUGUAAUUCUAUUAUCGCAUUCAAGCAUGAAAAAUAAACACAAUGAUUGUAAUCCGUCUAA